AUGUUAAAAUUGAAACCAUCAGAAUCAGCUCCAAAUUCAAUUAAAAUGCCACAUUUAAAAGCUAAAGACUUAGAUAAAAAAAGUAUUACAAAUAUAUAUUUAUUAUAGAUGAAAUGGAUAAAGUAAUCUAAUAACAAAUAAUUAUUGAACCUGAAAUAGUUAGAUUUGCAGGUUUUGAAGUUGGUAAAUUAAAUUUACUUAAAAUUCGUGUGAUUAAUAAGUAUCUUUAACCAUAAAGAAUUUUGGUUAUACCUCCUAAAACUAAUUUUUUCAAUGUCAAAUAUGAUAAAAAAGGAGCCAUAGCUUCUGGAAUGUUUGAAGAAAUUUAUAUUUCAUUCAAACCCUUUGAAUAUAAAUAAUACUAGGAUAAUAUGAGAAUCAACACUUAAUUUGAUUCAAUUGUCAUUCCAAUACAUGCUUUUCCAGCAAUCAACAGAGAUUAUUUAAGAGAUCUAUUUCCUCGUUAUUUAGAUUUUGGUACACUUGAAUUAGGUGAAUAGUUUUCUUAAGUAUUUCUUUCAUGUAAAAUAGAGAUUUCCAAUACAAAAUAAGGUACCACUUAACUUUGACUUUGAAUUCAUCAUUAUCAAAGACAAUAUGGAUUUUAGAAUAACUCCUUUAAGAGGCACUAUUCCUGAUAAAGGAGUAACUGAAAUAGAAAUUCUUUAUAGACCUUCCAUAAAUGUAACUGUCUAUAUGGAAGUGGAAUUGAUUGUAGGAUCUGUUGACUUUGAACCUUUACCAAUCAAAUUAAUGGGAACUGGUAGAUCAUAAAAUGAUAAAAAUCUAAGUAGAAUUAGAAGACCUGCUUCAGUAAGAAAACUACAUUCAAUUAUUCAAUAACCAAAACAAAAUCAAAAAUUGAUUCCAAAAGAUUUAUAAUCAUCUUAAGAAAAUAUUGAUGAAUAUUCUAUACCUGAAUAAUCUCCAUAAGUUAUUUAUGAGGCUACUGGAGGAAAUGAUUAAGUGGAAUAGUUUUAUCCAAUCAUAAAACCAACUACUAAAAGAAUUAGACCAUAAAUAAUUGAAAAUGAAGUUUUGGAAAUCAAAUAAGGUGUAUCUUUAUAGGGUAGAUAAGUUAAAGAGAAAUAAUAUCUUGAUCAUUUCAAUUAAAUAGCAAAUCUUGAUAAAGAAAAAGAAAAUAAACUCAAAUAAUGUAUAGGGGAUUCACCAAUUUAAAAAGAAACUAUAUCUGAAAUCAUGAGUCAACGAGAACAAUUUAAUUAAUAAAUGUUAAAUUAGAUAUAUUAAAGUGGUAUUACAAGAUAUCAACUUUAACUUAAUAUUGAUAAUGCAGUUGCUGAUUAAAUAUUACCAAAAUAUGAAUGUCAAUGGGAUUUUGAAAAAAAUGAUGUUAUCAAAAUCAAAAAAAUAGUAAGACUUUUAUUUUCUAUUAGUUUUGA